AUGGGCAGAGAGCUAGGCAGUGUGCGGUUCCUAGACGUGCUUCCAGGCCAUACGAGAGGAUAAGGGAAAGCCAGACAACAGAUAUUUCACUGUGUCUUAUCCCCAAUUCUACUCCCUGCCUCGUCCAUGGCAGAGCACUCCAAUCCACGAAUCAGCCCAAGCGCCCUAGCAACUGCGUCGGUUGCCUUCACCAGUGGACGGAGGUACUUCCGCUGCAGAUGAACUCACCAGAGGAGUCACCGCGGAGGCGGGCGCCGGGCUCAACGCUGUCUGCGCGGCCGUUCUGGAGCUCGAGCUUGGCCGCGCUCCAUGUCCCCGAGCGACGCCCGUGGCUACCUGACGGAGAGGCGGACGCCGGGCUAGACAGAGGGAGGCCAAGAGCCGUCAGGCGACGGCGGACGUCUUCGCGUGGCGAAGGCGGAGUUGCCGGGGUCGGGGGCGGCGGCCGCAUCGGAACCCUCGGCGUGAUGCCGUCGGCUUCGGGUGCUGCCGCGCUGGACGCGCCUCCGAACUCGAAGACGGAGGUUGGUGACUGGCUGCGGGCGCCCAAGCCGACGAUGGAAGUCGUCGGGGACGGCAGCGAGGCUUCCCCUGUAGGCGAUGCAGCGGGGCCGUACUCGUGCAAGGGGCAAAUCACCCACCCAUGCAUCGAGCACCAGAACGGUGGCGGCGGCGGCGCGAGUGCCGGGACGACGUUCCCGUCGGCCUCGAGCAAUGGUGCGGCCGGACCAGCGCGGAGCCGGUUGGGCACCGCCGGCGCAACCUGCUGAUGGCGGCGAGGACCGCGGAAGCCCCGGCGACCAAUGAACCGGCGGAGGUCACGCAGUGUCCUGUAAAGGCGACGGUGACCGCCGGCGCCAUGGUAGCAGUGGCGGGCGAGACGACGACGGCCAUCUUCCCGGAUAAAUCGAAGGUACAUCGAUCGGAGUCCACGCGAGGCAUUAUUCUUUUCUCACCUUUUUGCCGCUGGAUCCGGAUCGAUGGACUCUAGUGGUAGAAUCUUCGUGCUGAUAACGUGUUGUGAGUAAUCGGGAGAGAAUCGAGCGAGAGAGACAAUCAUUGGAAUGAAAAUCACUUGUAUUGAUUGAUGAAGAUUUUACAUAUAUAUAGGGGGAGAACAGACGUGAUUAGGUCGGUUCCUGGGAGGCGACGCUCCAGGGAAAUAACCGCCUAAUGACGGUUCCCUAAAUGAGUGGCUACAAAUGUUGCAGUUACAAGCAGGGAUUAACCCAUUUAAUUAAGACUAAUUAAAUUCUAA